GCCCUGCCUUACCUCGCCGACCAAACUCACCAGCACACUAGUGUUGACCGUAUUCCAUCAGCAGCUGGUUUUUGUGGUCCAUUUGUGUUGUUUUGGCUGUUGUUCCCCGACUGGACUAAUGCAGCUUAGCCACCAAGUGGAGUUUGUGUGUCUGUGACCGUGUAGCCCUCUUGUCGGGCAGGUGAAGGGUGACGCGAUGGUCCUCCACACCUCCAGGAUGUUUACUUGGCUGCUCGUCGUCUCCAUCGUCAUUGUAUUUUCCGUUUUAUAUCAGAGAAACUUGUCAGUAAACAUAAGCUGGACCACUUUUUCUGAGAAACUUAAAGUAGUUGUAGCUGAACCCUGGGUUGAGACGAUCGCCCCAAACUGGGUGAAUGAAGAAAACGCCACCGGGGGCACCGCUGUCUUAAACAGAACAUCGCACGCAGAGUGUGUGAAGCCCCUGAACGUCACAUCAUUUGGAAAUGUGACGGCGUACAUCCCCAUGCGUGUGGUCAGCCCAGAGACCCCCAUCCCCAUUCUUUUGAAGACAAACUUCUCCAAACUCCCGUCUUGGGAUUUCGAGGACGUUUAUAACCAGGAUGCUGCACUCAGAAACACUACGUGCCGACAAUCUCUGAGGAAUUCCAAGGACGAGAGCUUCAAGAAGGCUUUCCUUCCCAACAUACGUUUGUUCCUACACAAGGGCAACAUCAACAUGAGCGAGUGGAACAGGCUCUCCCAUUUCAACAACCCCUUUGGCUUCAUGGGAUUCUCUUACAAGGAUGUUAUGUCCCCGGUCAAGUUGAUUCCCGAGCCGAAGGAGCCGCUCCUCUCUCUGAAGCCGGCCGGCGACGGUUGCAUCCACUGCGCCGUGGUGGGCAACGGCGGCAUCCUCAACGGCUCCAAGAAGGGAAACGAAAUCGACUCGCACGAUUACGUCUUUCGGAUGAACGGUGCCGUCACCAAGGGCUACGAGGAAGACGUGGGGAACAAAACGUCCGUCUACGUCCACACGGCUCACUCCAUCACUGCUUCGUUGAGUUUAUUCAAGAAGUACGGGUACAAGUCGGUCCCACAUGAUGAGGGAAUUAAGUAUGUGAUGAUUCCCGAGGGCAUGAGGGACUUCCAGUGGCUCGGAGGACUCCUCAGAGGCGAGAGGGUCCCGCUUGGCCCCUUCCGAAAAAAAUGGCCGCGGACGUACUACAUGGGGCAGUUCAACGAGAGCCGCUUUUACGUCCUGCAUCAGGACUUCCUGCGAUAUGUGCGCAACAGCAGGUUCUUGAAAUCUCCGCACCUUAAUAAACGUUCCUGGGCGAUACUUCGACCAACCAACGGUGCUUUUACGCUAUUCCUGGCUCUUCAUACAUGUGACACAGUGGAUGCAUACGGCUUCAUGACGAGAGACUACACGAAGUACUCCAAUUACUAUUUCCAGAGGCAGAUCAAAACCCGCGUGACUUUCUUCGCCAAUCACGAUUACAAGCUGGAAAUGAGAACCUGGGAGAAACUGCACAACAGCACAAUCAUAUGUCUGUACCAGAGAAGUGAGAAAUAGUAUGAAAGAAAUGACGUCAGAAUGAACCGAGUGUUUGGGAGAUUUACCAUAAGUUGUAACGUUCACGGGUGGCCAUUUUAGGCACCAGUUCAAUUUAUGUCAAAAUACAUAAAAAUAAGAGGAGAGGAAGUUACUGAUGGUGGGGAGGGUUCGAUACAUGUGUUGAGAAAUCCUUCAUUUAUGAAGUUUAAUGGAUUCCCAGAAUUGUUUGUUGGACUUUGGAAUUUCCUGUCAUAAAUGUCAUUCUUUACUUAUGGAGUCGUAAAAAAAAAAAAGAAAAAAAACAUGAAUAGCAAUGCUUUGAAAUCUCUCCAGUACAGUUUUUUUUGGUGAAAUGUGUUACCACACUAAUUCAGAAAGCAUCUUUCAUUCCGAUUCCAUUUUUUUGUUCUCCAGUUAUUAUGAGUGUAGUUGGUAAGUUGAAAUUGAAUAAAUAAAAAAUAAUGGAUAAUC